AUGUUUAACGACGAAACCUCUUCGCUUCUUUCUAAGAAGCAACACACCCAACGCGAUGAUCUCGAAUCGAAUACUUUUGUCGCUCCAUCUCCCGAUGACGACGAAUUGUUCCGUGGUUCGAUUUUGAAUAAAACGAAAACAAAAACGCACCACGCGACGACGAAGAAGUUUGUCGUCGCCAUUGGUGCCUUGUGCGUCGGCGGCAGCGCGUUGGCUGUUUCCACCAGUUCGUCUUCGUCUUCUUCGUCUUUGAGGAUGUUCAAUACCAGCAGAUUGGGAGGCGAAGAAGAAUUUGAGACCGCGGGAGGAACACAAAACUUCUCUGAAAAUGGUGUUGACGAAAGCGAACUCUUAAUCGACGCAAAAGGCACGCAAUAUCGCGGGAAACAAACGAAAUCAGUCACCGGGAAAGACUGCAAGAACUGGGUGCAAACGACCAUGCACCCAGACGAUCACCCGAACGAUGGUUUAUACGAGAACUAUUGUCGGAACCCGCAAGGACAGCAAGAGACUAUCUUUUGCUUCGUCGGCGGAGGCGAAACGGAGAAGUGCGAACCGCUGGGUUUUAAGAACGUUCUUCUCACACAAGACGAAGAGGAAGUGGAACGAUUAGAACGGGAGUUGGCGCAAGCCGAGGAAGAGGCAAAAUUGCCGCGCGCGGAUGGCGACGAGUCUUCAAACCCGCAAGAGCCGCAAGUCGGGGAGAUUAUCAUCACGGAGGAAGUGCCGGUGACGGACGGGCCAACCGCGGACGAGAUGGACGAUACGAUCGGGUCGAGAGAGCCGAUGCAGUUCCAAGGUGAAACUGGCGGAAAUAACAACGAUCCGGACGGAUCUUUUGCCGAUGAUGGACAAAUGGUUCAACCGCAAUCGCCGGACGACGAACGCGUCGUCGGAAACGGUCAAGCGUACCGAGGGAAACAAACAAAGUCGAAAUCUGGCGUCGAGUGUAAGAAGUGGGUGCAAACCACCUCCACUCCGGACGAUAACCCGACCGAAGGUUUAGAGGAAAACUUUUGCCGUAACCCACACGGUGCUCAGGAAUCGAUAUGGUGCUACGUUGGCGGUGGCCAAUCCGAGUUGUGCGACCCGCUCGGAGGCGGUUCGGUGGAGGAAUCCGCGGAGCCGGACGCCAACGUCGUCGCGGCGUCUGUGCAACAAGCCACCACGGAACAACAACAAAACUCGUUCACUGAUAUUUUGCAAGAAGUGGAGAAAACGGCGGACGCGUUGAGGACGGAAGCGGACGCUUUACAAUCGGAAGAGCAAAGGUUGAACCCACCGAAUACCGAAGCCGGCGUCGGGUUUGACGAGACUCCGGAAGUAAACGAAGAAGAAAAACAAGCGAAGAAAAAAGGUAACUUUGACCCGGCGGUUGAAGUCCUCGACGGCGACGGUACCUCAUACAGAGGCUUCCAGACGUUCUCCAAAACUGGCAAAGAGUGCGUCGCGUGGCAAUUCACGCAACGCACCGCGUUCGAAUACCCGGAUGGCGAUUUGUCCGGUAACUUUUGCCGUAACCCGGACAACCAAAAGUCCAUCUAUUGUUACGUUGGAAAUAACGUCGCGGAAUUGUGCGAACCGUUGCAAGCGCCGAAAGAGUUAAACAACGCGAACAUUAAAGAAGCCGUGAACAAAUGCUUACAAGAAGCGCCGAACGAUGGGAAUUGCCCACACUUUGCCGCCAAGUCGCAAUUCGGCGUCAUGAAGGAUUGGGACGUCUCCAAAGUCACGAACAUGCAAGAGUUGUUCAAAGGUAAAGAAGCAUUUAACGGUGAUUUGUCCGAAUGGGACACGUCCUCGUUGACCAGUGCGUACCAAAUGUUUCACAGUUGUCGGUUGUUCAAUUCGGACAUCUCGAACUGGGACGUCUCGAACGUGGAAAGCUUCCAAGGCAUGUUUAACGGCAACGCCGCGUUCAACGCGGACAUUUCCAAAUGGAACACGAGUAAAGCGAAGACCAUGCAAGGCAUGUUCAAAGACGCGAUUAACUUCAACCAAGACAUUUCAGAUUGGGACACGUCGAAGGUGGAAAGCUUUGUGAGCCAAUUUGAAGGCGCCGAGCAGUUUAACCAAGCCAUUGGGAAGUGGAACACCGGCUCUUCGAAAUGGGACGGCAUGCAAGGCAUGUUCCAACGCGCCAAGUCGUUUGCUCAAGACGUGUCUUCGUUCACCGGCCAAGCGUCGACACAAAACCAAGGCAUGAUGUUCUCCGGUGCAUCUGCGUUCCACGCGCGAUUCAAGUGCGCCAUGCCGGACAUGGGACCGGCGGCGACGUGCAAAGACACGAUGGCGACGGCGGAACAACAACUCGGUGAAGACGAAUCGUUAGACGAAGGAGCCGACGUUGCGGACGAAAGCGAUGUUCAAGAAAUUCAAGUGAACGAAGAGUCGGACCAAUCGAUCGAUGAAGACGAGCAUAAAGAGCCAACAGAGGCCACAGACAGCACCGCCGCCCCCGAAACCGCCGAAGAAAAACAAGAAGAACAAGGAGAAACCAAUGCUGAAAUGGGGCCGGAGCCGGAAGAUGAUGCGGAUUCGGUCGAUGCGACCUCCGAGCAAAGCCACAUCGAAGAGUUGCAAAAUGAAUUAGAUGGCGAGGAUCCGGACUUGGACGUGCAAGAUCCAGACGACGAAACUGUCAUCGAAAACGGGUUGACGUACAGAGGUAAACAAACCCACACUCGAUCCGGGAUGGAGUGCAAAAAUUGGGUCCAAACGACGAUCACGCCGAACGACAACCCUCACCAAGGUUUAGAAUCUAAUUAUUGCCGUAACCCGAACGGGAUGCAAGAGACUAUCUUUUGCUUCAUCGGUAACGGCGAAACCGAAGCGUGCGACGCGAAAGCCGAAAUGUAA